AUGGUUUGCUGUAAAAGCCUGGGUGUUGCUGAGCGUGAAACUUUAAUAGCUCAGGCAGUAUUAGACGUCCAAUCUAAGAAGUAUAAGAGUGCAUAUCACGCUGAGAAAUUCGGCCUGCUAAAAAAGCGUCUAACAGCAGCGCUCUCCUCACUCAACCAAGCGCAACUUGCGUGCAUACAGAAGUAUGAAUGGAUGGAGGCAUACAUCCAGGCACGGCUUGAUAUAUGUAACCAUCAGAUGAGUCAGCAUACCAUGGCGCUGGCUUGUUUCCUUUUAAUCCCCAGCGAGCAUUGCGUACGCUGCUCAAUGAUGAACCAUCAGUCGAGGCUGAGACCAAAACCACCACAUCAGUAUGAUAUUUUUGACCGAGUCUUUAUCAACAGCUCCCCCCCAGAUGGGAUGACCUUACGCUCUGCAAAUGCGCUCCUUACAACUACGAUUAAUGGUGGUGGGGUGCUGUCAACACCAGUGCAGACGUACAUCCAAAAACUCACAGUUGCGUCAGAGCAACUUCGAGCACGUAGCAUUGUCCACCAACUCGAUGCCAACAACCUGCGAUCAGUUAUAAAGCGACGUAAGGUACGUACGAAAGGGAAAAGGGUUAUUCUGAAGGAUCACUUUCAUGUUUCUACGCAAGAAUUGUGUGAUGCGGUAAUGGAGGCGGAAAAGGCGACACAUAACCCAAGUAAGAAAAAGCCAAAACAAAGGAUAAGCACGCCUCCUCAGACAUUUAAAUUGACGAUUAUAUUGAGGAAGAAGCAGGGGAACAAUCUGAGAGCGACGGUGGAUCAUAUAUUAUCGUUGAUUGUAGUUUAAAUUUCAUAGAUUUGUUAUGUUCUCUUCGAAAUUCCACCGCGUUACGCCAUCCCCCGCGUUACGCCACGACUUACGUUACACCACGACCUACGCUAUGCUUGGAGUUCACUUGAAGGCAAGGGGGUGAUGCAUUGGGUGGUUUAGAAUACUGCGCAUAGACUACGGGACUGGGAUUGUUGCGGGUGGCGUUCAGGAGUGUCGAGAUACCCAUUGAAUAUACAAAGAGCAUUUAUUUCAUGCCAUGGAAGCUGCCAACGCCUGGAUAUGGCGUCCAUACUAGGCGGUCCCAUUUAUGAGAAAGGUUUGCUGCAUCAGAGGCACAGCAAUUGUGCUGUCAGGUAAGACACUAGACGGGCUUCUCACGCUCCA